ACAACACAAAGGCGCGUUCCUGAAAUUUCAAGUGAAACCGAAAACAAAACAAUCGCCCUGCCUACCGGCUUGUUCGCUAAAUUCGCACAGCAUAUCAGCGGCGGCGUCAUCAUGCCAUCUGAUCAGAUUCAAUAUUCUGAGAAAUAUUACGACGAUGUGUACGAGUACCGGCACGUAAUUCUUCCUCCUGACUUGGCCAAAUAUGUUCCAAAAACGCAUCUAAUGACGGAAACGGAGUGGCGCAAUUUAGGCGUCCAGCAAUCGCCUGGCUGGGUGUUGUACAUGAUUCACUCACCAGAACCGCAUGUGCUGCUAUUUCGGCGUCCCCGGACGGAUCUGGCACCACAAUCAUGAAAACUAAAAACCGCACACACACACACUCACUCACUCAAUUUUUGUACAGACAAGGCGUAUUUCAUGGCUUUUCGACGAUCUCUACGCUGGCAGUGGGUUUUGAUAUUUUUUACGCAAGCUGUAAAACAUAUUCGCUUAGGUUUUGUUGACAUUGCAUUUAGUAAUGCAGUCGACGGAUAGCAGUUCUCUGCAAGAAAAGGGAAACAAAUAUCUAGCCGAGAGUAAAACGGCAUUGAAUUUUUCGGAAAGAUAAAAACGAACUGCCGGAUUUGACGCGGAGAUAAACAAUGUUGAAAUAAAAGGCGUUACAGCAUAUGUAAAUAUUAAUUUAAA